ACUGACUCCAGGGCAGGGACGCUGUCCCAGCCACACUGCAAUCAUGACAUCGGAAAAGUCAGGCCUCCCGGACUCAGUUCCACACACUUCUCCACCUCCAUACAAUGCUCCCCAGCCCCCUGCAGAACCUCCCGCCCCGCCCCCACAGGCAGCCCCCUCGUCGCACCAUCACCAUCACCACCACUACCACCAGUCUGGCACCGCCACCCUCCCGCGCUUAGGCGCAGGCGGCCUGGCCUCUUCCUCGGCCACAGCUCAACGCGGUCCCUCGUCCUCAGCCACACUACCCCGGCCCCCCCAUCACGCCCCGCCUGGUCCGGCCGCCGGGGCUCCCCCACCCGGCUGCGCUACCUUGCCCCGCAUGCCACCCGACCCUUACCUGCAGGAGACUCGCUUCGAGGGCCCACUUCCCCCGCCGCCGCCCGCCGCCGCUGCCCCACCCCCGCCGGCGCCUGCACCGACUGCUCAGGCUCCUGGCUUCGUGGUGCCCACGCACGCGGGGGCGGUGGGCACUUUGCCGCUGGGGGGCUACGUAGCGCCCGGCUACCCGCUGCAGCUGCAGCCCUGUACUGCUUACGUGCCGGUCUAUCCGGUGGGCACGCCUUAUGCAGGCGGGACCCCAGGGGGAACUGGAGUGACCUCCACUCUCCCCCCGCCGCCCCAAGGCCCAGGGCUGGCCCUGCUGGAGCCGAGGCGCCCGCCACACGACUAUAUGCCCAUUGCAGUGCUGACCACCAUCUGCUGCUUCUGGCCUACGGGCAUUAUCGCCAUCUUCAAGGCAGUGCAGGUGCGCACGGCCUUGGCCCGCGGAGACAUGGUGUCUGCGGAGAUCGCUUCACGCGAGGCUCGGAACUUCUCCUUCAUCUCCCUGGCGGUGGGCAUCGCAGCCAUGGUGCUCUGUACUAUCCUCACCGUAGUCAUCAUCAUUGCCGCACAGCACCACGAAAACUACUGGGAUCCCUAAAAACUCCCUCUGCCCAGCCCCACUCUGCGCCCCUCAACCUCCCAGACUCGUUCUGCAGUCAAGCUGCGGACCCAAUAGGCGUCCCGCACA